AUGGUAUCCAUCUCACCACGACUACGCGACUCCCUGGACUAUGAGGACCCGGAGGAGACUGAUCCUCGCUUUAGUAUCGGCUUCCGCUCCGUGAGUUUGGCUUCGACAGAGUACGAAUAUCUGGAAUUGCAAGGCGAUCACCGCACAUGGUCCGGUAGUCCCGAUCCAGCGGCGAGUCGUCGCAGAAGGCGCCAGAGGACUAGUGACCGGUUAUUAUUGGAACACGCUGUACCGUUUCAGUAUCGGACAAUUGCAGAUGGCGAUGUCUUUCGUGUUGUCACCAUGCUUCCGGGCGAACGCAGCAAGCCCAUCCAAUGUCGACUCUCUUGGGAGAACUCGCGGAAGCCUCGAUAUGAUUACAGAUGUUUGUCAUACUGCUGGGAGACUACAGAACGGGAUUCGGCUAUCCUGGUGGACGGCUAUCGAUUCCCUGUCACGCAGAAUCUGCAUAAUGCUCUCCUGAGCUUACGGAACGUAAAGAGCGAACUCCGGAUCUGGAUCGAUCAGAUCUGUAUCAAUCAAGAGGAUCACGAGGAGAGGAGUUAUCAGGUUUCGAUCAUGAAACAUAUCUUCACGAAUGCCAAGGAGGUUAUUGUUUGGUUGGGCGAGGCGGAUGAUAAGAGUGCUAAGUUGUGUGAGUAUGCCCGUAAGAUGCCUAGGGGCGAGCAUGUGGUUAGGGAUAGUCCGAAGAAUGCGCUGAAGAGGAUUUUGGGGCAGAGGCAGUUGCAGGAUGCGUUGCAGAAGUUAUUGGCGAGGAAGUGGUUCACGCGGGUUUGGGUUAUACCGGAAGUGGCACUCGCUCGCUUCAAUACGGUCGCUAUCGGCAACGAGCUGAUAUCAUGGGAUAACAUGGUCAGGCUGAUCCGAGAUACUCCCAUGCCUGAAGCAACUGGUUUCGACAAGCAGAGCGCUAUCUUGGGCAACCCUCGUCAACGUAUCGCGAUACUCAGUCAGAUGGUGGCAUCUCAACGCGAGAACCUGUACCAUACAGACAUCACACAGCUCCUCAUCCUGGCCAAGAGCAGCGAAGCCACAGACUUACGAGACAAAGUCUACGCUUUCGACGGCAUCACGCUCCUCCGAACUCAGAUCGACUAUCGCGACUUGCCCGACUAUAUCCGCUCGGUCGAGAGAGUGUACCUGAACAUCGCACACCAUUACAUCGACUCCAUCACCUCGGAAGACUACUACAGCCGCUGGCAUGGCCUGACCGAAGUACGGCGGACACAGCAACUCAUGUCGAUCUUGUAUAGUGCUGGCAAACUCCACCAGCAUCUUGACUUACCUUCUUGGGUACCGGACUGGACAUUCGCUUGGUAUCAGGCGCCGUUGUGGUGUAAGGCUGAUUCGAACAUGGCUGCUUUUUCGGGCAGGGAUGGGUGGAGUGCGGGUAUUAGGAGUGGAUAUCGGGCUGGUGGUGAGAAGCUGGAGACUUUCGAGUUCGUGGAUGGUGCUGCGGGUAGGCGAAGGUUGCGCGUUUCUGCUUUGCUGGUUGAUACGGUGCUACAGGUAGGUGCUUUGGCUGGUGAGACUGGUGCAUGUAUGCGAUUGUUGACGCAGGGACAGAUCUCGCAAGCAUCUACGCCUGAUGCUAUUGACCUACCGACCUUCUCAUAUGGUCGCGAUCACUUCAUCACGGAGCAUGGCUUGCAUGGCUUGGCUACGACAGGUAUCGCACCAGGCGACCGGAUAGCUGUGUUUCUUGGUGGCGACGUGCCAUUUGUGCUACGGCCGAAUCGUGACCAGGAUGGCGAUGAUCAGAUCUUUGUACUUCUGUGCGAGUGCUUCAUCUCGUCCAAGGGUAUCAUGGGCGGAGAACAUACGCAGAACAAUUGGACGCUUGCCGAGGACAUUAUUUUGAAGUGA